UACAAUAUUAUCACUAUGAAGUGGAAUGAAGAUGUAUCGUUCCCAGAUAGACUUGCAGAGUAUUGUCAUCAACAUUAUGAGACCAAGUUGCAAAAGAAAGGAAAGCCUAGCGAGAGGGAAUGGACUGUGAUGGCUGCUUUUGUGGCGGUCGAGCAACUUGAAGACAGUGGAUGGCACUUCAAACAUCUGUUGGCAAUGGGCACUGGUAAUAGAUGUCUUGGCAAACAGUCAAUGUCAAAGGAUGGAGAUGUAGUCAAUGACUCGCAUGCAGAGAUCAUAUGUAAACGAUCAUUUCAACGUUUACUUUACAAUGACGUCAAGUGUCUAUUGACCGGCCAACAACAAACUACAUCAAGUGUAAUACUUGAUCAUUGUAAUGCAUCGGACUCAACUUCAUCACUAUACAGACUCAAAGACAACAUUACCAUUCAUAUGUAUGUCAAUCAAACUCCUUGUGGUGAUUGCUCAAUAUACCCUCUCAUCGAGGAGGAUGGAGACUCGACAAAGAAGCGCAAACGAGAUGACAAUGGGGACGAUGUGGACGAAAUGAACAAGAAGCACAAGGUUGGUGGUGAAUCACCAACCAACAAUGACAUCCAGAGAACUGGCGCAAAGGGUGUGAAGGGCGAGCCAGAGGAUAUGAGAGGUGACGGAUCGGAUUAUCAUCAGUGUGGCAUUCUCCGAGUGAAGCCAGGUCGUGGCGACCCAACAGUGUCAAUGUCAUGCAGCGAUAAGAUUGCAAGAUGGAACGUGUUGGGUGUACAGGGUGCAUUAUUAUCACAAUUUGUCCAGCCAAUCUAUCUAUCCAGCAUCACCAUUGGUGACCUUUACAACAAUGACAGCUGUCAACGAGCAUUGUACGAUCGUAUCAAUGUGUUCAACACUGAGCAGACACCUCCCUUGCCCUUUACCUUCAAUCAUUCAUUCCGAAUCUUUGGUACCAAGCUCAACUUUAUCCAUUCCAAACAACAACUUGAAGAUCGUGUGGCUAAAUCAGUAUCGUCUGGAUUCGCAAUCAGCUUUGGUUAUCCAAAUGCCAAUGAAGUGAUUAUAAGCAGCAAUGGCAAGAAGAUGGGUACCAUUGCCAAGAACUUCAAUAAUCCAUCUCAGCGUUCAUCCUUAUGCAAGCUCAACCUAUUCAAAUUGUUCAAGGAGUCUCUAGACAUCAAACAAAGCCGACAACAACAACAUCAGUACAUACCAAAGGAGCAUUUGGACACCAUCGAUGGCAAUGUCGACAGCACUGAGACAUCGACUACAACUACAACUACAACUACGUCCACAACCACAACGACAACAACCACAACAACGUCGGCUAAUGGUAUCGGUGAACUCCAAACAUACCAUGACUUCAAACAUUCAUCUCUAGCAUACUACCAAGCAUAUUCAUUGCUAAAGACACUUCGCUUUGCCAAUUGGAUAACUAAUGAUAAAGAAUACGAGAUGUUCAAG